AAGGUAGACCCUGUUGUAAUCACUCGCCUGUCCAGGCGGCGGCAGCACUGUGACGACAUUGAGAAACGGAACAUUUGAUUGCGCAUGCGUAUGAGCUGGGGCGCAGAACUGUGAUGGCGGACAGCGGAGAGAGGAGGAAGCUUCCACUUGUCCCAGAGAACCUAUUGAAGAGGAGGAAGGCUUACCAGGCCAUUAAAGCCACCCAGGCCAAGCAAGCUUUACAGGAAAAGAGAAAGCUUCAGAAGGGAAAGCAGAUUCAGUUUAAACGAAUUGAGAAUUUUCUCAGAGACUCCAGGCAAAAACACCGCGAUGAAGUACGUUUUGCUCGAAUGGCAAAGAAGCCGCGUGAGACCAAAGUGCCUGCUGGACAGAAGUUGGGUUUUGCAGUGAGGCUCAGACCGAUUCAUGGGGUCAGUCCAAAGGUACAGAAAAUUAUUCAGAUGUUGCGACUCCGCCAACUCUACAGUGGCUCCUUCAUCAAACUGAACAAGACAUCAUUGAAAAUGCUGAAGAUGGUGGAGCCCUACGUUGCCUGGGGGUUUCCCAAUUUGAAAUCUAUUCGUGAACUGAUUCUGAAACGGGGCCAAGCAAAAGUCAACAAGAAGCGUGUGGCUUUAACCGACAAUAGAAUCAUUGAGCAGCAUCUGGGAAAAUGGGGAAUGAUUUGUCUCGAGGACUUAAUACAUGAAAUCUAUUGUGUGGGAAAAUCAUUCAAGGAGGCCAUGAACUUUCUGUGGCCCUUCAGACUGUCUGUAGCUCGACAUGCAGCAAGAAACAAAGUGGGAUUUCUCCGUGAGCUUGGAGAGACGGGGAAUCGUGGAGAAGAAAUCAAUAAACUGAUUCGGCAGCUCAAUUAAAGGUCCUACAUGGAUAAAUGUGUUGGGAUCGAAUUUGUUCUUCUAUACUAUGUAUAGUAAACCCUACAGAAUCAUAUUCAGCUCGAAAGUGUUUCCCUCUCAGUAUACUGGAACAGAUCAUCGGACAGCAUGCUACCGCUUACUGACUGUAUCUCAAGACCUCGGUCUGGGUGGGUUGGAUUGGUGUCAUAGAGCCAUACAGCAUAGAAACAGUGGAUUGUGAUUAUUGUGAUCUGUAUCUUGGGGGUUGUGUCUAGCCACCAUUUGAAAGUGAAAGAGUUUACAAUCUGUGAAACUGUCAGAAGUAAAUUUGAAUUAUUCGAAAUUUUAAUCAAAGCUGUUAAUAGACUUGGAUGUCAUCAAAUAUCAGUCUGGUGUUUCAUAAAAUUUGAUAUUCAUUCUCAAA